GCAAUUAUUUUAUUAGUUCACAUGGGGACUUGGAGGGAGGGAGUUCAGAAAGCGUACCUUGAGACGAUUCUUGAUCAAAAUAAGCAAGAAUGUGAACUGCCACAUUCAGGUAAAUCUGGUGGUUUUAGUCAUGGGUGCUAUGAGAAUUCAUUAUAUGGUUAUGGCAUACCAUAUCCAGGAAAUCCAAUGGCGGAUUCUGUACUUCCUUCUGUUGGAUCGGGAAAUCCAGUGUUUCAGAACGAGCGACUAACACAGUUUACUUCUAUGAUGAGAAGCUCAAUGGAGGGAUCAAUUGGGUCAUGGCACUCAGAUAUUGGCAGUAAUAUGGAAGGAAGAUUUGCAUCAACAUUAUUAGAUGAGUUCAAGAACAGCAAGACUAGGUCUUUUGAACUUUCAGACAUUGUUGAUCAUGUAGUUGAAUUCAGUACUGAUCAGUAUGGAAGUCGCUUUAUUCAGCAGAAAUUAGAAACUGCCACAGUGGAAGAAAAGACCAAGAUUUUUCCUGAGAUAGUUCCUCAUGCUCGUAUCUUGAUGACUGAUGUCUUUGGGAAUUAUGUCAUACAGAAAUUCUUUGAGCAUGGUACAGAAAGCCAAAGAAAGGAGUUAGCGAGCCAACUGACUGGCCAUGUUUUGCCCCUGAGUCUCCAAAUAUAUGGGAGCAGAGUGAUUCAGAAGGCCUUGGAGGUGGUUGGUGUGGAUCAGCAGACUCAGAUGGUGGCAGAGCUCGAUUGUGCAGUCAUUAAAUGCGUUCGUGAUCAGAAUGGAAAUCAUGUUAUUCAGAAGUGCAUAGAGUGUGUCCCUCAAGAUCGAAUUCAGUUUAUUAUCUCGGCCUUUUAUGGGCAAGUUGUGGCACUUUCCACCCAUCCUUAUGGCUGCCGUGUUAUUCAGCGGGUCCUGGAACAUUGUGAUGAUCCCAAAACUCAACAAAUGAUUAUGGAUGAAAUCAUGCAAUCUGUAUGUGUUCUGGCACAAGAUCAACAUGGAAACUAUGUUAUCCAGCACGUCCUUCAACAUGGUAACCCGCACGAAAGGUCUGCUAUUAUUAGCAAGCUUGCAGGACAGAUUGUAAAAAUGAGUCAGCAGAAGUUUGCUUCUAAUGUGGUGGAGAAGUGCUUAACUUUUGGUGGUCCUGAGGAGCGUCUACUGUUGGUGAAUGAGAUGCUUGGUUCCACUGAUGAAAAUGAACCCUUGCAGGUAAUGAUGAAGGAUCAAUUUGGAAACUAUGUUGUACAAAAGGUUCUUGAGACCUGUGAUGACCGGAGUCUUGAGUUGAUUCUCUCUCGCAUCAAGGUUCAUUUGAAUACCUUAAAGAAGUAUACAUAUGGUAAACAUAUAGUUUCUCGUGUUGAGAAGCUCAUCGCAACUGGAGAAAGGCGCAUUGGCUUGUCAGCAUCAUUCUCUUCUGGAGGCAUCGCAAUUUAACCUAGGCUUUCUUCUUUCGUCACAACAAAUGACACUUUGUACAGCCAACAUGGAUGGUGAUUUGAUCAAGCUAUCAUCUGGAGUACUACUUAUUUUCGAGGAGACUAUAAUAGUUGUAAAUAAACACAAUGCGCAGGCCCACUGGAAUAAUAAUUUUUUAAGAUAAACUGCAAAGAAUCCAUAGAGAGGCCGACUUAGGAAGUCAAGAUCAACGACAUGAAUGAGGUUCAGUGUUUAUAAAGCAAAAGUAACUGUAAAUGGUAAAUCGCAACGGUAGAGAGAUUACUGAAAGUUGAUAUUAGGUUCGGCUUGUUGACAUCGAGAACUUUUCUUGAGAAAUAUAAUUUUUGCUUUCUUCUGCC